AAGCUAAGGAAAUUGAAAUGGAUGCUGUGGCUCUUGAUGGUAAGCUAAUAAUGCACGUAAUAUCAGAACAUGUUGAAAAUGCGGGCGUACACUCGGGUGAUGCAACUCUCGUCUUACCGCCACAGGACCUUGAUCCUGCUACUGUACGAAAAAUCGAACUCGCUACUCAACAGAUCGCAAAUGCAUUAAAUGUGACCGGUCCUUUUAAUAUUCAGUUCAUUGCUAAAAACAAUGAUAUAAAGGUUAUAGAAUGCAAUGUUCGCGCGUCAAGGUCUUUUCCAUUUGUGUCCAAAGUUAUGGACGUGGAUUUAAUCGAGAUGGCUACAUUGGCUAUGUUGGGGGGUGUUCAUAUUGAUCCAUACCCACCAAUUAAUUUACCAAAGAAUUAUGUAGCUGUUAAAGUACCACAAUUCAGUUUUAGUCGUUUAUCUGGUGCUGAUCCUAUAUUGGGUGUAGAAAUGGCAUCUACUGGUGAAGUUGCAUGUUUCGGACGAGAUAAAUAUGAGGCAUAUCUUAAGGCGUUGAUAUCUACAGGCAUUACUGUCACCAUGCCUCGAAAAAACAUUCUGCUUUCUAUCGGUUCAUUCAAGGAAAAGAAUGAAAUGUUACCAUCAGUAAGAAAACUUCAUCAGAUGGGAUUCAAUUUAUUUGCCACAUCCGGAACUGCUGAUUAUAUUCAAGAACAUGGACUUCCCGUAAAAUAUUUAGUAUCAUUGGAAGAAUCUGAGCAUCAACUCAAAUCCGAAUAUUCACUUCAGCAACAUUUAGCAAAUAAUUUAAUUGAUCUAUAUAUUAAUUUACCAUCAAAAAAUCGAUAUCGUCGGCCGGCUAGUUAUAUGAGUAGGGGUUAUCGCACACGUAGGAUGGCCGUAGACUACGAUAUUCCUUUAAUAACAAAUGUCAAAUGUGCAAAAUUAUUUAUAGAAGCGCUUUCUCGUGAGAACGAUUUUGAAAUUUUAAAUAUUGACUACAAGACGUGUCAUAAGAGGAUGUCAUUACCAGGUCUUAUUAACGUUUCAGCAUUCAUACCUCAUGUCGCAGAGUCUGAUAAUGAUGAUUUUGCACAAGUUACUAAGGCGUCACUUGCAGCUGGAUUUACCACCAUAAAUAUAUUGCCACUAGGAUUGAAUGAGUCUUUGAGAAACGCGAGAACAAUUGAAGUUGCACAUAAUAACAGUCGUAAUAAUGCACAUUGUGAUUUUUCGUUGUCAGUUAUUGUUACAGAGAACAAUGCUCAGGAAUUGAUGGCUGUAGUACCAGAUGGUGCAUCGUCUUUUAUUCCGUUCAAAAACAUUCAAGCUGAUAUGAUACCUAAAAUGGCCACCGUUUCUAAACAUUUAAGCACUUGGCCUCCGCAUUCUCCUAUAGUCACUGAUGCUAAGGGAACGGAUUUGGCAUCUGUUUUAUUAUUGGCAAGUUUACAUAAUCGUGCGGUGCAUGUAACCGACGUAAGUACUAAAGAAGAUAUUGUUUUAAUUGCUUUAAGCAAAGAGAAAGGUCUAAAGGUUACAUGCGAUGUCUCGGUAUAUGCUUUAUUUUUGAACUCCAAUGAUAUGAAUGGCAGUGAAA